CGGCACUGCCCCUUUUCGCCCCUCCUGCACGAUGGAACGGUCAUCUCCGACGCCUCGGCCGAACUGCACAGCCUUUCCAGCCCGACCUGAAAAAUUCUAAUCAUCACACGACCUGACGUCUCCACUGAUGGGCGUGGAUGCAGUCCUCUGACUCGCUGUUGUGAGCUGCGAACUCCUCUUCUGGCGCUCAGCGCGCGCGCUGUGUGCUGGACAUGGAAAUUCUAGUUUUGGAGGCAAGAAACGUUGCUGCCUAAAGGAUGGAGGAGAUGGAGGAGGAGAAGGUUUCAUCCAUCUGGCGGAAUCAAUUUCACCGGGCUGUAUGUACCGCGGCCACGAUUCUUCAUCCUCCUCUACUCCCUUCGACUUCCACCCCUUUUCCUUUUGGCCUGGGCGGUUUUUCCGUUCAUGUGAACUUCCAAGUUCAGCUGGCGGAGGAAGGCCUGGGGGAGAGAAACCCCCAGUCCACCCCAAAGCCCAGAUUCCCUCUGGCGUCCAGGAUCUCUUGAUGCGCCUCGACAAGGGCUCAUACCGAGGCCAAUCAGAAAAAUGCCUCAGUUGCUCCCGCCCAUGCCGACUUCGCCUUGUGCGGCGACAGAAGGGCACAACAGCGGGGUUGCUUUCUUGCUGAUCAUUCCCCUCUAACAGACAACUGAUCUAUGUUCGACGGCGAUGACGCGUCCAACUUCACCGUCACUGCCUCAAACAGUAUCUACUGGUUGAUACCACACGGCACAGCCCCGACGGUGGAUCUUUGGGUUCCCAAACUGAGAGUCCCGUGCGGACUGUAUUUCCUGAGGUGUUGUUGGACGAGCUUAUUGGCGGCAAGGAGUCCAACAUCUGUUCGGAUUUGCUGGGCCAAUUGGGACUGCAUCAGAAUCGGAGAGGCCAUCUACGGGCUUCCGGGUAGUUCCGCUGGUCGCCUGGCCGUCUCGAGACCUUGAAGUUUGGAUGCUGAACUGCUAUGCUAUAAAGCUGGCCUUGCCCGUGUCUGCGCCGAAAGCUGCGUGAGCCAUUGUCGUUAUUAACCACUUCAAUUUUGAGAAACUCCCCGGGUCCAUCUUCCCAUCCCUCCACGAUGACCCAGCCAGCGCCACAAAGCGCUCUGGUAAACCUGGACAAUAUCGAGUUCUACCGGCCGCAGCCCUCAAAAUCACAGCGGCCGGAAGUGGCUCUUUCUGUCCAGCCUAUUCUGCCAUCCCUUUCUUUCCUCCCAGGCGUGGCUGCCAGCACAACCGUCCCUCGCGGUGACGGUACUUCACUUUUUAACCACCCUCAUGGGAGUGAUUCUUCAUGCAGCCCUGCGUGGCUAAAUUCAUUUGAUGUCGAGUUGUCCAUGUUCGCGGAAGCAACAUCACAGUUGACAUUUCCAACCAUGGACAACCAGCUCAUGCGGGACAAAAACAGCAGCCAGACUUUUGAUGCCUCCACAUUCUGUGAGUCAGCGCUUUUCGGUGUUGGUGUUUCAUGUUAUGUCAUUUGCUUAUGUUCAUCCUGCAGCCCUAACCUCGUGUCUCUCCAGCCCAAGAAAAAGAACCGAUGCCCCUGACCCCUUUGUAACUACAACGGCCCGAGGAAGUAGUGAAAUUUUUACAGGUCUCGAUGGUCAUUUGUGCACUCCAUCUCCAGAUCUACAGGAGCAGGAUCAUCCCUUGGACAUACGGCCUUGCACCUCUGUUGACGAGUCUAGAAUAACCAAUCGGAGCUGUUUGAGUCCCCCGAAUGACAACCAUGACAUGAAUUCUUGCAGCACCCCAUCACGCUAUGUGCCUCACAACGAGAGGACUGACAAACAUAUUGGAGAACAAGAAAAUAAUCGGAAUGUUCUGGGCGACGUCCCGCAGCAACUGAAGCAGCAUGUGUCAAGACCAGUCUUCAGUGAAGGAGAACUACUUCUAAAUGAUCGACGAUCACCUUCAAUUGCUGUGAUUGAAUCCUGCUCAAAGGGCCAACUCUGUUUAGAGUCAGAUCAGUCUCGUUCGGCAGGGUCUCAGGAAGCAAAUAAUCGUCAAAUAGCAAAGGUUACCCCUAAUCUUGAGUUUCCAUCCGCGAUCACAAGGCCGCCUCGGCGAAAGGCCUUCGAAGAUGCCAAGACACGAAUCGUGGAACAAAGAAACCAGCCACCCGGCGACUGCCAACCGGGCCUUGAUGAUGUUAUACCUGACUGCCGACCCAACUGCUCUGACACAGAAGAAUGCCCACGUCUUGCUAAGAGACGCAAGCGUGCAAUUAGACCUGCGGCAGGAAUGACCAACCAUGCAACUUCUGGGCGUUCAGGGAAGCUGCUAUGUGGUACAGCAUCUGCGCAGUCUACAGAGUCUUGCAGCAGCCAAGAUAUCUUUGGGCAUGCCAUCCUCACUAUCGAAACUCACGCGUUGGGAACCUCGUACUUCUUUACUUUCGAGCCAAAUUCCCCAAUCAAACCCAAGACACCGCAAUUUCAAAUCUCCCUUGACGACGAGCCGUGUUGUCGCCUUACAGACGUUUCGCCCACCCAUGGGCGCAAAAAAGUUGGAAGGCCUUCCUCCAGAAAUAGUAUUCCCUCUAAGGUCCCAUGUAACACCAUCGAUGAGCAAGAAUGGGAAGUGGAACGUAUUUUAGCUUCACGAAUAUCUAGAGGGAAGCUACAAUAUCGGGUUCAGUGGAAAGGAUGUGAUACUGAUCUUACCUGGUAUCCAGCACGCGGAUUCAAGGGCGCUCCGUAUAAGAUCCAGAACUUCCACGGAAUGUGCUCAGAUCAACCCGGUCCCCCCAAGAGGUUGACAGAAUGGCUGGAAGCUUGGGAGGCAGGGCAAGAACUUGACGAUGUCCCAGAUGAUGACCUGCCAGAGUGACUGGAACCAUUCAAAUACUAGAAAGAGCAGUCCAUGCUAUCCAGCAGAUCAUAACACCAAUAUUCAGUUGUCACUUCACUGUAUUGUCCCAGAUACUACAACCUAGAUGUAUGUAAAAGAUGGUUUUUUCUAACCGAAAUCCCCAGUCCCCACACCCAGUCCAUCUUGAUUGACAAGAUUAGUCACGUCUCCAACUCCAAGCAUAACCCGCAACUGUACCAAACGUCAUCACCAGCGUGAGUGACUGGGCACACGGCUUCCAGCCAUCGGAACGAAAUAAGCGCGAGCUAAAGCUAAUGCCAUCUUUUCGAAUGGCCAGGUUUGCUUAACUGUUGCCGUUCUCAACCUUGGAUUUCUUUCCACAGGUGCAAAGCCAGCUGCUGAAGGUUGAUUUGUAACCAAUAAAAAUCCCCCAUCACUAGGCCCACAGAAAGAGGCAAGAAUUUUAGAGAAUUUGUCAAGCCUCAUCGUGUGAAGGCAGUCAUAGAAGCAGAGGGUUGGUAUAUGUUGUGGAAUAUGCAUGUAACUCAGGGAAGAAGGGCAGAAUGAAACUGUAUCGACUACACGUACGUAGCCUACUAAGGAACGGAU